AUGGCUGAUGUCCAGAACAUUUCACUAGACAGCCCAGGGAGCGUGGGGGCCGUGGCCGUGCCCGUGGUCUUUGCCCUCAUCUUCCUGCUGGGCACAGUGGGCAACGGGCUGGUGCUGGCGGUGAUGCUGCAGCCCGGUCCGAGUGCGUGGCAGGAGCCGGGCAGCACCACGGAUCUGUUCAUUCUCAACCUGGCAGUGGCCGACCUCUGCUUCAUCCUGUGCUGCGUGCCUUUCCAGGCCACCAUCUACACGCUGGAUGCCUGGCUUUUUGGGGCCCUGGUCUGUAAGGCUGUGCAUCUGCUCAUCUAUCUCACCAUGUAUGCCAGCAGCUUCACACUGGCGGCUGUCUCGGUGGACAGGUACCUGGCUGUGCGGCACCCGCUGCGCUCGCGGGCCUUGCGCACCCCGCGCAACGCCCGCGCCGCCGUGGGCCUGGUCUGGCUGCUGGCGGCGCUCUUCUCGGCGCCCUACCUCAGCUACUACGGCACGGUGCGCUACGGUGCGCUCGAGCUCUGCGUGCCCGCCUGGGAGGACGCGCGCCGGCGCGCCCUCGACGUGGCCACCUUCGCCGUCGGCUACCUGCUGCCGGUGGCUGUGGUGAGCCUGGCCUACGCGCGAACGCUGCGCUUCCUGUGGGCGGCCGUGGGCCCCGCAGGCGCGGCGGCGGCCGAGGCCAGGCGCAGGGCCACGGGGCGCGCGGGGCGUGCCAUGCUGGCGGUGGCGGCGCUCUACGCGCUCUGCUGGGGACCGCACCACGCGCUCAUCCUCUGCUUCUGGUACGGCCGCUUCGCCUUCAGUCCGGCCACCUACGCCUGCCGCCUGGCCUCGCACUGCCUUGCCUACGCCAACUCCUGCCUCAACCCGUUGGUCUACGCGCUCGCUUCGCGCCACUUCCGCGCGCGCCUCCGUCGCCUGUGGCCCUCUGGCCGCCGCCGCCGCCGCCGCCACCGCACUUGCUGGCCCCUGGGCGCCCGCCGCACCCUCCGUCGCAUUCGCCCAGCGUCCUCAAGUCCUGUUGGCUACGCCGGGGACGCCCGGCCUCGUGGGAGGCUGCCGGCGGGUGGCGGCUGGGGCGGGGAGCCGGGGGAGGAGGCUGCUGGAGGCAGGGAGGCUGGACCAGCCCUGUCUGCCGGAGGACCAAAAUAA